AUGAACGGUAUCACCGAGCCCUUACCCGGCCUCCUUGACGAUCCUCUAUUCCAGCUCCCCGAUCUGCCCGCUCUGACCGACAUUCAAAUCGCUCCUCUCCGCAACCCUGCGCCAAGCCGUCACGCAAAUGUUCCUCUGCCUCUCGAGCCUGUGGCCGACAAUAGUCUGAACAAUGGACGAACAAACAAAAACACCACACAUCCUGCAGAUAGUCCUGAGACGAGGAGGACGCCAAAAAUCACACCCAAUGAUGUCCUCCUAGCACGAGAGGCUAAAAGACCGCACUUGGCUAUCAGUGAACUGCUGGAAGCCGACCAUGGCCCGGACUUCGCCCCAACAUAUCUCCCAUCGUUCAUCAGUUUGUCUGUGGUGGAAAAAUCGCCUGUCCAGACUCCUUCCUUUGUCGAGCCUCCUUACUCUCUGAGGCGCUUAAGAUUGGACACAGACAACGAUCAUGGAACUCUUGACUGGACCAGGCAUCUUCCUCCCCCUGCUCAGAAGGAAGACCGGCAGAGUAGGCCCGCUCCGCUCCUCCCUGCCAUGGUUACAGGACUGCAUGAACCUCCUCCUUCGGCAGCUUUGUUGCCAUCAAUCGACCUUGACUCGAUACAUGCUGUGGUUGCAGGGCAGCAUGAACUGGCCCCUUCUGCACCUCUCCUACGGUCAACUGACUUUGACCCGAUACAUUCCACAGCGACAGGACUGCAUGAACUUCCUCCUCAUUCUGCGGCUCCGCUACCACCAAUUGACACCGAACUGAUACACGCCACAGGACUGCAGGAGCCGCCUCUCUCUGCAGCCCUGCUGCCACCAGUUGACCCCGACUCAACAUAUACCGCAGUUACAGGGCCGCAUGAACCCCCUCACUCUGCGGCUCUGCUACAGUCAAUUGACUCUGAUCCGACACAUGGCACAAUUACGGGAUUGCAUGAACCUCCUCCUUCUGCUGCUCUGCUACCGUCAAUUGACCUGGACUCGAUUCCAGCCAUUGCUCGGCAAACAACAACUUCAAGGAUCCACGUCAGAGACAUGCUCACUGAGUCCAGUCAGCCAGACCCUGCGCCUCCGGCAGCGCCUUCGCCCCCAGCAGCCUCAUCUGGCCCCCUUGUUGAUAGGCUGGCCGUACCCAACCAACAGGACACGGGUAAUUAUCCAACUCCUCCAGAGGAGGUCCGUGACCACGUCCCUCGAGUAAUCCCUCCUGUUCGUCCUCCUUGGAAGGCGGGCCCCAUGAGAGGUCCCAACAAUCGUCGGCCUAGGCGGAAGUGGACCGGCACUGAAACAGCAGACCUCAUGGCUGGCGUGAGCAAGUACGGCAUUGGGAGGUGGAAACAGAUCGUGGAUGAUCCAUCCUUCAACUUUGGCGAUCGAAGUGCUGUCGACUUGAAAGAUCGGUAUCGCGUCUGUGUGAAUGAAAAGCCCUCAACGAAGGCAGACACGAAUCUGAGGGCCGACAGUCCUAUUGCGGAGGCAUCCCCUUCCAUUGAAAUAUUAGGAAUAAGGCAGUGCCGAGAAAGAGGUGCCGCAAUUAACUCAACCCCAAAACGUCGUAAACGCCGUGCUUGGACUGAGGAAGAGGACAACAAUCUCCUGGGAGGUGUCGCCAGACAUGGAUUUCAGUGGACUGCCAUUCAUGAUGACCCGGACCUCAAUCUGUCGCAUAGACGGGCAACAGAUCUCCGCGAUCGUAUUCGAAAUAGGUUUCCAGAUGGGUACAAGCACGCCGAGUUUGCGCCGUCGAAGCGUGAGGCUAGGAACGCCAUAAGAGCGGAAAAAGAGGCCCUCGCUGAUCAGCCGAUACCAUGGGAUGUAGUUGUCCCUGGCAGGGAAUACGAAGGGACGAGGAUAGAGAGAGGACGGUGGGAGGAGAUCACAUCGACAGACGACAGCACGCCGACUUCAGCUGGAUCUAACGAUGCUACUACCUCGGUGACCAGGGUGACCGGCGAUGUUGACAAAGAAAACGAAAUCAGGCAAGACGAAAACGAGAAAGAAAGAGACCGGGAUAGGGAAAAGGAGCAGCAGCAGCAGCAGCCCCUUAUCACAUUGCCGAGUUUCUCGCUCGGGUUCUUCGAUGAUAUGGACUGGGAGGAUAAUACGCUGCCACCGAUGCAUGACGGGGAUGACAGUAGUGAUUAG